CUUCUCGGCUGGGGAGAGAGCACCAGCGCGAAGAUGAAGCCCGCAGCUAACUGGUACUGGCUGGGCUCAGCUCUCUUUGCUGCCUAUGGUUUUUUGGUAGUAGCAAACAAUGAAACAGAGGAAAUUAAAGAUGAAACAGCAAAGGACGCCUGCCCGGUGAGGCUAGAAAGCAGAGGGAAAUGUGAGGGGAGAGGAGAGUGCCCCUACCAGGUGAACCUGCCCCCGCUGACUAUUCAGCUCCCGAAAGAGUUCGGCAGGAUCGAGGAGAUGUUUAAAGAAGUCCAGAACCUCAAGGAGAUUGUAAGUAGCCUAAAGAAAUCUUGCCAAGACUGCAAACUGCAGGCUGACGACAACCGAGACCCAGGCACGGGAGCCCUGGGGGAGGCUGGUGACAACAGAGUUAGAGAAUUGGAAAGCGAGGUUAACAAGCUGUCCUCUGAUCUAAAGAAUGCGAAAGAGGAGAUCGACGGACUUCACGGUCGCCUGGAGAAGCUGAAACUUGUAAAUAUGAACAACAUAGAAAAUUAUGUUGACAGCAAAGUGGCAAAUCUAACAUUUGUUGUCAAUAGUUUGGAUGGCAAAUGUUCAAAGUGUCCCAGCGAAGAACAAAUACAGUCACGUCCAGUUCAACAUCUAAUAUAUAAAGAUUGUUCUGACUACUACGCAAUAGGCAAAAGAAGCAGUGAGACCUACAGAGUCACACCUGAUCCCAAAAAUAGUAGCUUUGAAGUUUACUGUGACAUGGAGACCAUGGGGGGAGGCUGGACAGUGCUGCAGGCACGUCUUGAUGGAAGCACCAACUUCACCAGAACAUGGCAAGACUACAAAGCAGGCUUUGGAAACCUCCGAAGAGAAUUUUGGCUGGGCAAUGAUAAAAUUCAUCUUCUGACCAAGAGUAAGGAAAUGAUUCUGAGGAUAGAUCUGGAAGACUUUAAUGGUAUCAAACUAUAUGCCUUGUAUGAUCAGUUUUACGUGGCUAAUGAGCUUCUCAGAUACCGUUUACAUGUUGGUAACUAUAAUGGCACAGCUGGAGAUGCUUUACGUUUCAGUAAAUAUUACAACCACGAUAUGAAGUUUUUCACCACCCCAGAUAGAGACAAUGAUCGAUAUCCCUCUGGGAACUGUGGGCUCUACUACAGUUCAGGCUGGUGGUUUGAUGCAUGUCUCUCUGCAAACUUAAAUGGCAAAUAUUAUCACCAAAAAUACAAAGGUGUCCAUGAUGGAAUUUUCUGGGGCACCUGGCCUGGUAUGAGUGAGGCACAACCUGGUAGCUACAAAUCCUCCUUCAAAGAAGCCAAAAUGAUGAUUAGACCCAAGCACUUUAAGCCAUAAAUUGCUAGUUCUCAUUCCUCCAGGUAUUCAUUAUCUAGUAGCAUCAAUUAAUUCCUUCAGCACUCUGAAACUGAAAUAUGCCUUGUUUUCUAUUCCUUUUACACAUGGCUAAAAAUUAUCUCUGAAUAGUAGUCUCUUAAUGCCACACAGCAUUUGAAAUAAAGCUGAAAAAUAUGCAUUUUUAAAAGAGUCCUUUGUUGCUGUUAUGCUGUUAUCCAAUGAAUGCUUGCAAGCACUUGGGAAUACUGAGAAAUACACAUUAGAUUUAUAACUAUUUUAAUUUCUACUAAUUGAAAAGUUUCCUAUUACUUGUAUUACUUGCUAUAAUUAAAAAUAAUUGUUUAUUCAGCAGGCUAGAUUCUGCAAGUAAUCUGUAUUUUGGCUGUGACUUAUGCACAUCUGAAGGUAUAUCACUUUUUUCAGGCAGUUUUCAAACAAUUAUUUGGGUAUUAGUCUCAAAAUAUCAUAAUAUUUAUUCUGACUUAUGGCAUUUACUUUGGGUCAGGAGGACUCAAUAUAUGGCAUUUAUUUUGGGUCAGGAAGACUCUAUAGUAUUUUAGUUCCUGGACUAAAGGAAAAUAUAUAUUAUUACACCUAUUUAUGUAAUAGUCAUGAAAUGUAAAAUAUUUGUCAUUUAAAAUAUUUUAAAAUGUACCUGCAUAAUGUUACCCCUGAAAGCAUUCAGAAAAUAAUGUAACUGUAAAGACCAUGGUUUAAAGGUAAUUCAUUUGCAGUUUGAAACUUGUUAAAUGUUUGAUUGUGAAAACUGCUUUAACAUAAAAAUUAUAUUCCUUUGCUCUGUAUGCACAAUAGGUUUAAAUUUAAGAUUGCUCACUACUGUGCCAGACUACUGGUAGGCUUUCUUUUUGGGGGUAAAUGUGAGUGAGGAAUGAAACAUAUAUUUAUAGGCUAUAAUACUCUGCAGACCAAUUUUAUAUCCAAAGCAAUAAUAUCAUUAGGUGAUUCACUUCAUAAAAGCUAAGUUUUCUAGGACAAAUACAUAAGUUUAUUUUAUUAAAAACAUAUGAAUUUAGAAAUAUAUAGAACAGUAGUUCAAAUAUUACAUAUUUUAACCCUAACUGAUGGAUUGCUUAUUUUACUAUCAGAACUUCAGAGAUAGGUGUUUACUUUUUUUAACCAAACAAAAGUAUCUGGAACUUAUAAAACUCAUUAAUUAAUUCUGGAAUGCCAAGUAUCAUAUUAAAGGAUUAUAAAAAAUAAUGUUUAAUUUCAUCACUGUAAAAAGGGAUCAUUUCAGAGGGAAAAGCAGUAUUCUGCCCUAGAGUAAAAUUUGAAGUAAUUCACUGUACUGUAUGUGAGACAUAGUAAUAAAUUGAAUCUUAAAUUUCUAAUGUCUGUUUCUAAUACCCUAAGCAAGUUUUCAAAAUAUAUUCACAAAGAUGCAUCUUUAACCAUUAUUUGAAAAUGAUUGAGGAGGAUAAUUACUUCAGGUAACAAGUUAAUUUUUCAAAUAUUAAGCCCUCAUAGAAAAUUUUAAUCAAAAAGAGGCAAGAUGUUCUUUUAAAAAUAUAUAACACAAAGUCUUCAGGUAAACAUAAUGAAAAUUAAGUUAUUAUAAGUACUAUUAAAAUGUUAAAGCAAGAGAAAUGCAAAUAGAAUUAAAUGAUGACCAAAAUGUAAACUAUUGUAGAUUUUUAAAGGCUGUGUAUCUACUUGGCAGAAUACCAAAUGUAAAUGAUAUAAUUAAUUUUAUUUGUCCUUUUUGCUUUUUAAAAAUGACUAAGAAGACUAAUAUUUUAUAAUGUACUUGCUUCAGAUAAGGGCUUUUUCCUUUACUAUAUGUAAUUAUUAACAUAUGUAUAAGUUUAAGUAAGUUUCUGUGAUCAAAAAUGGACUUAUCACAAAAUGCAGUUCUAAAGAAAAAUAUAUGCUCAUAUAGAGACUGCCCACUAAUUUAAUGGAACUAGGUAUCAUUUCAGGAGAAUUUGGCAGAUAAUUCAUUAAUGCAUGUAAACACUCAAAAGCUUGUUUUUCAAUUUUUCCACCUUAUUUCAAUGGAUCAGAAUUUUAUUUUUCAUUAUACUUUUAUAGCACUUACCUAAUAAAUUGCAUAACAUAGAAAUUCCUUUUUGGAAUCAUUUAAUGUCACUCAUAAAAUAUAUUCCAGACUUUGAUAAUCAUUAACAUGUUGAUGGAUAUAAAAUAUAUCUGAGAGUCUUUUUGGCUUAACAUAACUUCACUAAAUGUAUAUGCUAAUGUUUGUAAAUGUGGGUUGACUAUUUACAAAUACAUUAUUUAGAUUUGUAUCUUGGUUCCAUUUCGAUGGCUAAUAUUAUCUUAAUUUUAAGACUUUA